AUGGAUGGUGAGACGCGUCUAUGGUCGCUCAUUGACCAUAACAAGAACACGGUUGAAACGAACCGCAUGAGAGUUGGAUCGGCCCACCUAUCAUACUCGCCCAUGCUGCAGGCAUUCGUCUCCGGCGAUGAAAACGAUUUUGCCCGGCUACUGGCGGUGCGUCGCUUCUUCACCACAAGCGCCAUAGCCAGGCUUCCAAGCACCAUUACUGCCCUCGCACCCUGCAGCUCCUGGCACCCAAGCAUCCUCUACGGAAGUGCUGGCGGUUCCGUGGUUGCGACCAACCCUCUGAAGCGAGUUCUACAUCCCAAGGAGAAACAAUUGCAGCAGACCUGGUUCACGCACGAAUGGGCGCGAGGCACAGAGGCCGACAGCCCCGGAAACAGUCGCUUCUUCGACGGAUUUCGCGCCGAAUCCGCCAGCUUGCUGCGCAACAUGUCUGGAGAUCGCAAGAUGGUGGACGGAACCAUGAUCAUCACGCUCUACGACGAAGAAACGCACGUUACGGCGGUCUCGUGGAACCCCAACCAGGCGUGCGCGGGAUGGGCCAGUGCCGCCGUCGGUUGCGGUCUGAUUCGAAUCGAAGACUUAGCUAUGUAA